GCUUCUACGUGAUGUUUGUCAUUUUCUCCAAAUCCAUUGUCUCUCAACCUAUGGAACCACUUUAUAUAUCUUUGUUCUUUCAUUAAUUUUACACCUCAACCCACAUUUUCUUCCAAGAAAACCAAACCAAUUCCCUUGUGAUACCGAAUUUAAUUUCAAGAACCAACUUUCAGUAUUUCUUGUAUAGAUACAUCCUACGAGCACGUUUUAGAAAUCGAAACUCUUUGGGGGCGGUUAUAACCCAUGGCUUCAUCAUCACUUGAUCAAAAAUUCUGGAGUUCUUUUUCAUUUAAACAUGAACCAAGAAUGCUCAAAGAUUUCCUCAAAGAUGAUUCUUUUUCAUGUUCACCAAAUGAUGAUUUUCGAUCAUUUCGAGGAAAACCCCGAAGUAAAUCAACUGUAACAAACAAACCUUCACCAUUACUUCUUAGAAGUGGAUCAAAAGCUGCAGCAACCACAUUUUAUGCACUCAACAAAGUCAUUAAGGCAGUUAAAUUCUUCCCAUUUGCUUCUGUCAAAUCUCCACUAGCUUUACCAAGAAGCAUUUCCCGUAAACUCUCCAGGAGGAUCAAAACCAGAAAUGAAAAUUUCCCACAAGUCUCCGUUAAAGUCAAGGACAUUUUACGGUGGAGAUCGUUUAAGGACUUGGCGGAGGAGAAAGAUAUCCCGUUGGAUUUUUCUUCAUCGUCCCCUAUUUGGUGUACAACCACCACCACCACAGGGUCUACUAGUACAAACACCUCGUGCAGCAAGAAAUCUAGCUGGUGUGACAGUGACUUUACCGCAGCCGAUUCACCGCCGUGGGGUGGUGAAAACGGCAGUAAAACAAGAAGGAAUCUAGAGGAGGAGUUGUCAUUCGGAGAAGCUGAGCAGCGCAGCCCAGUUUCAGUUCUUGAUUCUCCGUUUUAUGAAGACGAAGAAUCCGUAUUUCCUUUUCAUCCAACCAUUGCUAAGAGAAAAUGCUUGUUCAUGCAAAGACUUCAACAAUUCGAGAACCUUGCAGAAUUGGAAAAUCUUGGAGAGAACCACGAGGAUAAUCUGCUGUUUGAUUUCUUCAAGGCUAAAAAUGGAGAGUUCAAUGAUUAUGAGAAUACUGCAAAACCUUGGAUCAAUGGAGAAUACGAAAAUUGGGAGGUGCAGGACAUGAAGGAGGUCUGUGUUAAAGAUAUGGAGAGGGGAUUGGACUGGAAAGAGUUUAAAGAGGAGCAUGAAGAAAUGGCAAUGGAGUUGGAGAUUCAACUUCUAAGUGAUUUGUUUGAGGAGCUUUUGGAAGAUUUUGCUAGCAGAAAGUAACUUUAAAAAUAUGCUUAGAAAAUAAUUUGUACGUCGUUUUAAGUACUAGUAAUCUAGCGCAAUGUAAUAUAAAUAUACAUAAU